AUGACGAUUAAAAGCGGGAAGCUAGAUGGGGGAGAAUCUAGCCGAAAGCCUCCAGUGAGAAGAAAAGAUAAUGAGGUCAGUAAUGUGAAGAAAUAUGAUUCUAAUAACAUUACAGUAUCUCGACCACCGGCCACUGCGUCGUCAGCAUUAAAUCCUGUCCAGCAAGGAGUGAAAGAACCAAGACAGGAAAGAGAAAGGGUUCAAUUUGACCCUAUCCCCAUGACCUAUAAAGAAUUAUUCCAGAUCCUAUAUGACAAACAUGUGGUAUCACCUUACCACACUUCUCCAAUACAACCUCCUUACCCAAAAUGGUUUGACAUCAAUGCUCAAUGUGAGUAUCAUGCGGGUGCAUCGGGGCAUUCAAUUGAAAAUUGUCUGGCCUUUAAAAAGUUGGUGCAGAGAUUAAGACAAAGAAAUAUCAUUAAUUUCGGUGAUAGUGAGCAGCCGAAUGUGGCUCAGAACCCAUUGCCGAACCAUGCAGGGACAGGGGUUAAUGUUGUUAUUGAAGAAAGAGUGAACAAAGUCAUAACCAAAGUCAAUGAAGUGAAAUCACCCAUGCAUUGGUUAUGGGGGCAAAUGGUCAAAAUAGGUUGGUUGACCUUUAAUGUUAACGGGAAUAAGCAUGCUUGCCCCUACCACCGUUGUGAGGAUCAUGUCAUUCAAAACUGUGAUGAGUUUAAGGCUUUGGUUCAAAGGCUGAUGGAUAGUAAAGACAUGGAAUUUUACCAUGAAGCUAUGGAGGAGGAAGAGGUAGAGAUUUGUGCUUCCGAGGGUAUAUCCAAAGGAGUCUACAAUUCCAACUGCCCUUUGGUUAUUAUACCGAAAGCCCGUACAGUAGAGAAUAUAACCCCAAAAGUGAUGAUCAUACCCCCGUCGUCCUUUCCCUAUAAAGAUAGCAAACAGAUCCCCUGGAGGUACGAGUGCCAUCUAGGUGAUGUUGGUGUUUCAAAGGAUGCCAAGGAAGAGGUGGAUGAGGUAGGCCACUUCACCAGAAGUGGGAGGUGUUAUUCUCCUAAUCCGACAAAUGAACCCGAAAAAAUAGCAACCCCGGAUAAAGGAAAAAAGGUCGAGAUACAGCUGAAAGAUGAUGAGCCAACAAUUAAUGAGCCUGUAACUGAGAACGAAGCUGUGGAGUUUUUAAAAUUUUUGAAGCAUAGCGAGUACAACAUCGUCGAGCAACUACACAAGUUGCCAGCUCGCAUCUCAAUCCUGGCUCUACUAUUAACUCUGAGGCAUCGAAAUGCCUUGAUGAAAGUCUUGAAUCACAUUUGUGCCAAAAGAUGUGCCAGUGCAAGGGACAGUGUUAUCGCGACUAAUCGACAAUGGCUCUGCCCUGAAUGUGAUGCCAUUAUGACAUUGAAAAAAACUACCGUUGAUAGUACAUACAUGAGAAAUUGCCAAAGCAUCGUUCGAGCUUUUGACGGAACAAAGAAGAGGAAGGCCUUGGAUCCAUCAGGCAGGAGUUGUGCCAUCCAUUUGCAUCAGAAACUCAAAUUUGUAAUUGAGGGAGACUGGUAUGCCUUAAUGCUGAGGAAGAUCAUUGCUUCCAUAUCUACUACCGCUCCAUAUGUCGAAAUAGAUGAAGAUGCGGUCGAGUUCUCUUUCAGAGCCUUGGAAUUCAUUAAUGCCACCUUUGUUGCCGAAAGAAAGAAAAUUCCGAAGCCUAGGCUAUCCAAUUGUACCAAAAUGGAACUGAAAAUGACUAUGGGAAGAGGAGCCAAGGUUGGAAGAGGGCUGGGAAGCCGUCUACAAGGAAAUAUUAGUCCAGUUUUUCCUGGUAUUAAGCGAGAUCGUUUUGGUCUGGGAUAUCACCCGACCUUAAAGGAAAAGUUGAAAAAUGUUCAAAAGAGCCAGGAAAGGAGGAAAGCCAGGUUAGUCGGGGAAGAUAUUAAGUGGGAACCCAUGAAUUUCCCAUUGUUGCGUGAUACCUUCAUAUCUGGGGGUCAUAUGUUUCAGGGGAGUCGAUCAUCAAAAGAGUCUGUUAUUGAAAAUACCCUGAAGGAUUUGGGCAUAAAUGUGAUAUCAGAGGAAUGA